ACCUAACCUUGUAACUCUUUCUCUGGCUUAACAACGAUAUUCUACAGUCGGUUUUGCGACCUGUCGCGAACUUGACAAUCCCAACAUGACCGAGUAGAUUUCAAGAUGUCGCUAGGUACAUCAAACGGCUUCGUCGCCACUAACGGCGUUUACGAUCUUACCGACGACGGUGCCUUGCCCAUCUUUGACGUCGAGCCCGUACAGCUCCAAUUCUCGAUUGCCGCCGACUUCGUUGCGGCUCAGGUUGCCAAUAAUGUUCUCGUAUUAGCCUUAUCUAACGGGCGCAUAUUGCGUAUAGACCUGAACCGACCCGAGGAUAUUGACGACAUCGACCUUCCUAAGCGGGUUUCCGAAGUAGGCAUCAUCCGGCGCAUGUUCCUCGACCCAACUGCCUCCCAUUUACUCAUAUGUACCUCCCUCGGCGAGAACUAUUACCUACAUACACAAUCACGCCAACCACGACCUUUAAGUAGGUUACGCGGCGUCUCCGUCGAGUCUGUAGCUUGGAAUCCAUCUCUGCCCACAGCUACGACGCGCGAGAUCCUGAUAGGCGCCUCUGAUGGAAACAUAUACGAGACGUUCAUCGAAACCUCGACGGAGUUCUACAGGAAGGAGGAAAAAUACUUGAAGGCGCUCAACAAACUUCCAGAUGGCCCAGUCACGGGAAUAUGGGUUGAUAAUAUGGGCGGAAAGACUGACGUAAGGAGGGUGGUUAUCAGCACACAAAGCCGCCUGUUCCACCUUGCCGGCAAGGUUGGUCGAAGCGCCCACGAGGGAAGCGGUUCGAUCUAUACGAGAUUAUUCGAUUCCGAACAACCGAUUAUCCACGAGAUUUCGCGGAGCUCAGCUACUGCCCCUUCUAUGCUAGCUAUAUCGCCAGACUCCCCAGAUGCUGAUGCUUACGAGGACGUGAUCCCAGAACGAGCCUUCGCCUGGCUUUCCUCCCACGGUGUCUACCAUGGGAAGCUUCUAACAGCGGCCGUGAAUGAUCUUGGAAAUAAGGUGUAUGCUGAGUCCAAGCUUCUGCCAAGAUCCCAAGUAGUCUCGACUGAGGCGUCAGGGCGAAAGAAGGCGCCUUCCGAGUUUAUCGAUGCGAUCGCAUUAACGCAAUGGCACAUUAUCAGUUUAGUCGGUGGUCGCGUUGUAGCGACAAAUCGACUCACAGGGUCAGUCAUAUACGACCAAGUAAUCUUAGAACAAGGGCAGAAAGCCUUAGGAGUCUACGUUGACCAGCAGAAAAACACAUUUUGGCUUUUCACCGCCCAGGAAAUAUUUGAGGUCGUUGUCCGAGAUGAGGAUCGAGAUAUAUGGCGAAUCAUGCUACAGAGGCAACAAUUCGACAUGGCUAUGCAAUAUGCUCAUACUUCAGCACAAAAAGAUGCGGUUUCGACGGCAUCUGGCGAUUAUCUGGUUGAGAAAGGCUUAUUUGUCGAAGCUGCUGGUGUUUAUGGCAAAAGCAGCAAGCCAUUUGAAGAUGUUGCGCUUUCUUUCAUAGACCAUGGCCAAAAUGAUGCCCUACGAAAAUACCUUGUCACAAAACUCACGUCAUAUAAGAAGUCCUCCAUUAUGCAGAGGAUGCUGAUAGCGGCGUGGCUAGUUGAGAUUUUUAUGGCAAAGCUUAAUUCUCUCGAGGACUCCAUUACCGUGGAAGCAGAGUCGACCGAAAGCGAGAAUAAGAAGCAGUCACGACAACAGCUCGAUGCUGUUCGAAAUGAAUUUCACGACUUCGUCAAUAAACAUAAAUCUGAUCUUGACCGCAAGACUACUUACGAUGUUAUUAGCAGUCAUGCUCGGGAAGACGAGCUCCUAUUCUUUGCCAACGCUAUUAACGACUACAACUACGUUCUAUCAUAUUGGGUGCAGAGAGAACGAUGGACGGAUACGUUGAAUGUGCUCAAGAAGCAGACAGACCCGGAAGUGUUCUAUCGGUACAGCAGUGUAUUGAUGACGCACGUCGGACAUGAGUUAGUCGAGAUAUUAAUGCGACAUCCCAAACUAGAGCCACGGAAAAUCAUACCAGCUCUUCUCGAUUAUAAUAGAACCUUCACUGGGACGCUCCUACAGAAUCAAGCCGUCCGAUACCUACAAUUUGUUAUCAAUCAACUUCACUCCAUAGACGCGGCUGUUCACAACACUCUUGUCUCUAUCUACGCAUCCCACAGUUCGAAAGACGAGUCAGGACUUCUCGCAUACCUAGAAUCCCAAGGCGAAGAACCUAAUUUCGAUCCCGAUUUUGCGCUCCGUCUAUGUAUCCAACACAAGCGCACCCUCUCAUGUGUACACAUCUACACAAACAUGGGACAGUACGUCCAAGCCGUCGACCUCGCCCUCUCCCACAACGAAGUCGAAUACGCGUCCAUCAUCGCAGACCGACCGAUGUCGAACCCCGUGCUCCGAAAGAAACUAUGGCUAGCAGUAGCGCGAAAGGUGAUCUCGCAAUCAAACGGGAUCAAGACAGCGAUCGAGUUCCUAAAGCGGUGCGACCUGCUCAAGAUCGAGGACCUGAUCCCGUUCUUCCCAGACUUCGUGGUAAUCGACGACUUCAAAGACGAGAUCUGCGACGCACUCGAGGAUUACUCUCGCAACAUCGACGGCCUCAAGAAGGAAAUGGACGAAAGCUCCCAGACGGCCGCGAAUAUCAAGAUCGACAUCGCGGGCCUCGAUCACAGGUACGCCAUCGUCGAGCCGGGCGAGAAAUGCUACGCUUGCGCGCUCCCGCUCCUUAGUAGGCAGUUCUUCGUCUUCCCGUGCCAGCACGCGUUCCACUCCGAUUGUCUCGGGAGAAAGGUCCUCGAGCAGGCGGGUGUGGGGAAGAGUCGCCGCAUUAAGGAGUGUCAGGUGCAGAUUAGUAAGGGCCUGGUCAGUGGCGCGAGAAAGGACGCUAUGGUUGCGGAGUUGGAUGCUUUGGUCGCUUCUGCUUGUAUUCUGUGUAGCGAUUAUGCUAUUAAGCGCAUUGAUGAGCCGUUUAUUACGGCCGAGGAUGAGAAGGGGGAGUGGGCUUUGUGAUGCGG